AUGGCGUCGGGUGUAAUCGCAUCGUUUCGUCGCAUGGUGACGUCGUGUAUAAUCGCACUGCUUCUAACGAGCACCGGCUGCUAUCAAGGUCCCGCAGUGGCAGCCGCGGUGGUAACCAUUCCAGGAACACCUUCGCCGAAGGUUUCGCCAAAGCUUUCCCUGAAGAUUCCGCCAAAGGUUCCGCCGAAGGUUCCGCCGCCUCUCCCCGCGGGGCGCAUCCCUGGCGGCGGAAACGUCGCGGCUGGGGGAAACUCCACGUGGCAGCCCAGCGAUUCGUGGCAGCCUGAGCUGACGCUACUCGCGAACAACUCGUACGGCGCGCGUUGCCUGGACGGCAGUCCCCCGGGGUACUACUUCCGCCCGGGUUCGGGGGAGGGCGCGGACGCGUGGCAUGUGCACCUGCCCAUGGGGGGGUGGUGCUUCAACCUCAGCACCUGCGCGGAUCGCGCCAAGACCUUCCUGGGUUCGUCCCGAGCCGACCUGCAAGAAGAGAACCCAUACCGCCAUGUGAGCGAGGAGGCAGAGGGAGACUGUCAUUCUCUCCUGCCUCCGUCUCUGCUGUGCUGUCUCAACCCGUCGAGCCUCAACGUUACCAACGUCUCCCCCUCCCUCCCUCCCUCCCUCCCUCCCUCCCUCCAUGCCCUCCCACCAGACCUCCUCACCAACCGCGGCCUGCAUUCCGCCACCUCUCUGCUGCUCUCCGGGGCAUCAGCGGGAGGUCAAGCCGUGGUGACCUUCUGUGGCCUCCUCGCCAACUCAGUCGCCCACCCCUCUGCGGUCAAGUGCCUGCUGGACUCCGCCUUCUUCACUGACUCAUUGGACCGGAACGGCUAUCCCUAUUUCCAGCACACGGUGAAGAGCAUGGCGGAGCUUCACGAGUCUGUGGGCAACCCCAAAUGCGCCAAGGCGCAACCCCCCGCCAAGAAGUGGCGCUGCUUCUUCCCGCAGUACGCGCUCGCCUUUGUCACGCGCCGCCCGGUCUUCAUCGUGCAGCCGCUCUUUGACUUCCGCGCCCUCGUGCGCGGUAACCAGCUGCCCGAGGACUACGGUUACGUCUUGAACUGCCUGCGCUCGCUCCUCUCCCUGCCCGUCCUCCCGGAGAAGAAAAAUAAUCCAAAGAUUUCUCGCCAAGCGUUUGACCUAGCAGCUGUGGAUGAGGGGGGAAGUGAGGAGGGACUGUUACAGGGUUGGAAGGAGAUUGAGGGAGACGGUUACACUACCGAACCUUCGUAUUACUUCCGCCCAGGCGCCUCCCCUGCACCGCCCGUCAAGCGGACCUCUCCGCGCGCAGCCUCUUCGCCAAUAGCAGGCGGCCACGUGGCAGGCAGCGCCCAGUCCGCCAAUCGGCGGUGGUUCGCCAGCAGAAGCAGCGGGAUUACCACGGGGAAACCGAAUCAAUGGGCAUCGUCGUUGCCGGCGGGCGGCGCCGCGGAUCGAGCCACGUGGCAGCCAGCGCAAACGCCGGGGGGCGACCCGGAGAUAAAGAUUCACAUCCACCUGCCGGCGGGAGGGUGGUGCUUCAACGCGCAAGAGUGCCUUAAUCGCUCCUUGACCUUCCUGGGUUCCAGUGAGGGUUGGCCUACUAUCAUCCCCGAUGUGAGUUACCCCCCCUACCCCGCCCCCCCCCACCCCCCCUCCUCCCUCCCCCCGGCUUCCCCCUCCCCCUCUCAGCCCUCCCCGUCUCCCUCCUCGCCGUUUCCCCCCUUCCCCUAUACUCUCCUUUCGCCAACCCUUUCGUUCCCCGUCCCCCCACCUUCAACGUCCCUAAGUUGCGCCCCUCUCGUUCCCCCUUCCUCCCACCCCCUCUCGUCACAACUACUGCGCGCAUCCCCCUUUUCCCCACCCCCCCUCCCCCAUCCUUCCCCAGUCAGCCCCCAUGGGCGGCAUUCUGAGCGGCUUUCCGGACUUGAACCCUCCGUUCGCGGGUCAGCGCACAUCUCCUCUUCCCCCCCACUCCUUUCCGCUCCCCCCAUCCUCCCCCAGUCGGUUCCCAUGGGCGGGAUUCUGAACGACGAUCCGGAUGUGAACCCGCUAUUCGCGGACUGGCCCCUCGCGCGCAUCAACUACUGCGACGGCGGGGGCUUCGCGGGGCAGCGCGGGCGCAUCAACGUCACCAUCCCGGGCGCGCCUGUUAGGGGGAAGCAGGCGGGCGGGCAGGCAGGGGGGCAAGGGGGAAAGCAGGGGCGGGUGCUGGCGGGGAUGAAGCCCGGGCCUGGGGGACCGGGGGCAGGCGGGGGGAGCGGGGGGGCGGUGGGGGGGAGGCCGGGGGGGACGGUCGGGGGGAAGCCAGGGGGAUCGGCGGGGGGGAGGCAAAAGAUCGUACCUCUUUACAUGGAUGGGUGGAACGUCGUUCGGUCCAUCAUAGAUGACCUGAAGGCGAAGCGGGGCUUUAAUCUGGCCACAGAGGUUUUGCUCUCGGGCAGCUCAGCGGGCGGGCAGGCAACCAUCUACCUUUGUGACCGCGUGGCUGCUGCCUUCCCCACCGCCACCACCCGCUGCGUUGCAGACUCGGGCUAUUUUGUCAACUCCAUAGAUCGCAACGGCACGCGGCUGUGGGAGCGGCUGGCAAAGAGCAUCUCAACCACUCAGCAACUCAGCAACCCUGCCUGCCGCAAACGGACUCACGCGGAGUUAUCCGGGUUGGAGAAAAGCGCAGAACCUCUGCGAAAUAAGCAAGCAGCGGGUAACACUCCGGCCGGCAUUCCUAGACAGCGCCCCGAUGACGGCGAUAGACGGUGGCGUCCGGAGGGUGGGGGAAAAGAGGACGUAGCGCUGCGCGGGGGGAAGCGCGGACCGGGGGGGAUGCGGGCGGAGGACCGGGAGUUCCGCGUGCUGCCGCUAACGUUGAAAGCGAUGGCGGUGGCGAGCGCGUACCGCGUGGGUGAGAGCAGCUUCGUGGUAAUGGGGGAGUACCUCACACCCGUCUUGGCGCAUCAUCUGAAGCGCGUGCUCGUCGACGAGUGCGCGUGGGAGGGGGAAACCGACGACCACGCGGUGACUGCGGCAGAGUUUCUCUGGCUUCGAAAGGAGGACUACCACGGCACGCCGUGGGCGCCGGUGAUGAUUCGCUGCACGUUCGCGCGGCCCGUGGGGGGUGACAAUAACGGAGGGUCGUUGCUGCUCCGGCGACGGGGAACCGAGGAACCGAGGGCGAUUGUAAAGAAGUUCCCUUUGGUGAUUCAAGAGAUUGAAAUGGAGGUGCUUCGCGAGGAGCCGGGCGCGUUUGAGCUUAUAAAGCAGCCGCCAAUAUACGAGUUGGCGCACUGUAGCGGUCCCCUUUAUGGCCACCUGCGGCCCCGUGCCGUCUCUGAUUGGCUACACUACCACUCGCGCGCAGUUGGCGUACAACACUUCUUCCUCCACGAUUUCGGGGCUAUAAGCGGAGAUUACUCCACCACGUCAGAAGAUACCGCAGCAGGACCAGCAGCAACAGCAGGAGCAGCAGCAGGAGGAAGUGCAGCAAGCGGAGCAAGAGGAGGGAGCGGAGUGAGCAGGGUGGGCGGAGCGAGAGGAGCGGAGACUGGCGGAGAAGAGGAGCCGUCGUUGGCGGAGGCCGUGGCGCCGUUCGAGGCGCGAGGGCUGGUGACGGUGACGCGGCUGCUGGGGCACGAGCGGUUCCGGUCGCACUACUGGCACCAGAUACUGACCCAGAACGACUGCCUCUACCGCGCCCGCUACACCGCCAGGUGGCUCAUCUUCACGAACAUGUACGAGUAUCUUCCCUCCCUAACCUAA